GCCCAGUAGAUUUUGCGUCCUGUUUGUGGUCCUGCGAGCUCAAGACGCCGUAGCGACGGGUUUUUAGAAAGAAGUCCAUGGUACAGCGUAGAAGAACAUGGAGAACGUCCAUCUUGCUGCAGAGGAUGAAGAUGACCUGUACUCGGGGUACAAUGAUUACAACCCAACGUUUGACAGUGAGGAGCUCGACAACGAUGUUGGCUUCCAACAAGCUGUCAAGACUAGCCAUGGACGACGUCCACCAAUGACUGCCAAGUUUCCUGGCACUGCCAUUGGAGCACGGCCCAUGGCAACAUCUUUUGGGGUUCAGACCAGUCAGGGCGAAAGGCUUUUGAAGGCCCGCGCCCAGAUGAACUCCUCUAUGGGUCGGCUGAUGACUGGUGCUGUGCAGGAUGGAGCCGCUCGGCCUAUGACGGCCGUCAGAGCUGCAGGGUACACAUCUGCCAUGACCAGAGGUUCAACCUUUGAUCCACUGGGACAGUCAAAAGGCCCUGCCCCUCCACUAGAGGCAAAAAUUGAAGACUCGCCAGAGGAGAAGAUUAAGAUCCUGGAGAAGAGGGUGAAUGAUCUGAUCGAGGAGAGUUGCAUGGCCUUCAGCAGGGGAGACAUGCAGCUGUCUCUGGAGAAAGCCAAGGAGGCGGGCAGGAAGGAGCGAGCCCUGGUUAGGCAGAGGGAACAGACGGGCACAGCUGACCACAUCAACCUGGACCUCACCUACUCUGUGCUGUUCAACUUGGCCAACCAGUAUGCCAACAAUGACAUGUAUCAAGAGGCUCUGAACACGUACGCUGUCAUCGUGAAGAACAAGAUGUUCAAUAAUGCAGGCCGUUUGAAAGUGAACAUGGCUAAUAUCUACUUCAAGCAGAAGAACUACCCCAAGGCCAUCAAGUUCUACCGGAUGGCGCUGGAUCAGAUCUCCAAUGUGCACAAGGAAAUGAGGAUCAAGAUCAUGCAGAACAUCGGCGUGGUGUUCAUCAAGAUGGGCCAGUACUCGGACGCCAUCACCUCCUUCGAGCACAUCAUGAGCGAGAGCCCCAACGUCAAGUCGGGCUUCAACCUGAUCCUCUGCUACUUCGCCAUCGGCGACCGCGAGCGCAUGAAGAAGGCCUUCCAGAAGCUCAUCACCGUGCCACUUGGGAUCGAUGACGAUGACAAGUACAUUGCAGCCAACGAUGACCCUCAUACAAGCCUGGUGAUUGAGGCCAUUAAAAAUGAUCCGCUUCAUCAGAUGGAAAGAGACAGGAAAGGGCUGGCGGAGAAGUACAUCAUGACUGCAGCCAAGCUGAUCGCCCCGGCCAUCGAGGGAAGCUUUGCUCUAGGAUUCGACUGGUGUGUGGACAUGGUGAAGGGCUCCCAGUAUGUGGAGCUGGCCAACGACCUGGAGAUCAACAAGGCCAUCACCUACCUCAGGCAGAGGGACUUCAACCAGGCGGUGGAGACUCUGAAGACGUUUGAGAAAAAGGACAGUCGAGUGAAGAGUGCCGCAGCUACCAACCUCUCUUUCCUCUAUUUCCUGGAGAAGGACUAUGACCAAGCCGACCGCUAUGCAGACAUGGCCAUGAGUGCCGACCGCUACAACCCGGCGGCGCUCAUCAACAAGGGCAACACGGUGUUCGAGAGGCAGGACUACGAGAAGGCCGCCGAGUUCUACAAGGAGGCCCUGCGCAACGACUCCUCCUGCACAGAGGGACUCUACAACCUUGGUCUGACCUAUAAGAAGCUGGGCCGCCUGGACGAGGCUCUGGACUGCUUCCUGAAGCUCCAUGCCAUCCUCCGGAACUGUGCCCAGGUCAUGUUCCAGCUGGCCAGUCUCUAUGAGAUGCUGGAGGACCCCCAUCAGGCCAUUGAAUGGCUGAUGCAGCUGAUCAGCGUCACGCCCACUGACCCCCAGGUGCUGGCCAAGCUGGGAGAGCUCUACGACAGUGAGGGGGACAAGUCACAAGCCUUCCAAUAUUACUAUGAGUCCUUCAGAUAUUUCCCUUCUAAUAUCGAUGUCAUCGAAUGGCUGGGAGCGUACUACAUCGACACGCAGUUUUGUGAGAAGGCCAUCCAGUACUUUGAGCGAGCCACUCUCAUUCAACCCACCCAAGUGAAAUGGCAACUAAUGGUGGCCAGCUGCUACAGAAGAAGUGGAAAUUACCAGAAGGCCCUGGACACCUACAAAGACAUCCACCGGAAAUUUCCAGAAAACGUUGAAUGCCUGCGUUUCCUGGUGAGGCUGUGUACAGACAUGGGUCUGAAGGAGGUGCAGGAGUAUGCCACCAAGCUGAAGAAGGUGGAGAAGAUGAAGGAGAUCAGAGAACAGAGAGUCAAGUCGGGCCGUGAGGGCAGUGCUCGGGGCAGGAGAGAGGGCAGUGCUGGAAGUGAUUUGGAGGUUAGACAAGACAGCAGCCACAGUGGCCAUGGUGCUGGUGCCCGUACUGAGCGUCUGAGUGCCAAGCUGAGGGCCCUGCCUGGCUCCAACGAGCCCUAUGAGGCCAGCACACAACGAGACAUUGAUGCGUCCUACGUGGACCCGCUGGGGCCUCAGAUGGAGAGACCCAAGACGGCGGCCAAGAAGAGGAUUGAGGACGACGACUUUGCUGAUGAAGAGCUGGGAGAUGACCUCUUACCAGAGUAGAUUCCUCCACUCCACUCCACCAGCCCUCUUACCAGAGUAGCCAACUCCAAUCCUGCAGCUUCAUUCUCAUCACCAUUCCAGCAUCCAUCCACUAUCUUCAAGAUGCUUUGUUUUCUCCCCACACUUUAAGUCCAAAAUGCCUCCACUGCUGUGAAUUCCCCCAUGGAGUUGGUGCGUGUGUGUGUGAGAGAGAGAGAGAGAGAGCGAGAGAGUGGAAAGUGUGUGGGCCUGUUUGCCCCGCUGCCUGCGAUGGCUGGCAUUCCACAGUGAACUCUGAUAAAAGCUAUUCCAUAUGUGACCCUCAGGCUCACUUAUCACUUUUCCUGCCGUUUCUCUUCUUCUUCUUCUUCUGGAAAGCUACACUUUUACUACGUCCCUGUCCCCUUCCGAUUGGUCCUGGACUUGUCAUUUCACGCAACAGAGAAAAAGCAAAUGUAAAAGAAAGAAUGUCUGUGUUUUAUUGAGGUCCCCUUGCAUUCCUUCCCUUUUGAAUAUUUAUCUUGAGACUGUAAAUGCAUAUUUAUAUUUGGAAAUAAAUAUUUUACUCUUAAAAAUUCUA